AUGCAGUCACUUGUUGGAUUCUUUGACCUCAGCGGCUUGCAUGCCUACAACGGAAUUACUGCCAUUACUCGCAGUUCUUCAAAUAUGGAGGUGUUCUACUCGUCAGAUGACAACACCAUCCACAGCCGUUACUGGACGCCAGGCGGAGGCUGGAAAAACUCUGGCCAGGACAAAUCCAUCAACUCUGCGGCUGGCACUGGCAUCGCUGGAGUCUCGCGUGAGGCAUCUCACAUGGAGAUCUUCUACGUUGGAAACAACGGAAACCUCAUGCACUCUUAUUCCGUUGAUUCCGGCUCCAACUGGGUCACAGACGCGGUACUUGCUGGUUCCGAUUGGGGGACGCCUGCAAACAAGGGCAUUGGGGCUCUUAGCAGCAACGAUCAAAGCCAAGAAGUAUGGUGGAUCACCACGACUGGUGCAAUCAACUAUGCCCCAUGGAAUCCUCUCAAUGGCUGGGAAUAUAGUUCGUUGCGCGCAGCUGGCACAGCGCAUCCAAACUCUGGCAUGGCCGUUCUUGCGCGAAGCAACGUCCGCAGAAACAUCUUCUACAUUGGAAACGACCAGAGGGUUUACCAAGGAUACUGGCAAAGUGAGCAGCCCAACAUUUGGAGAUUCGAGAAACUGUCAGACAUGCCUGCUGCUAUUGGCUCGUUGACGGCUGUUUCCAUGAACAGUCAGCAUAUGGAGGUGUUCUGGACUGCUCCAGAUGGUACUAUUACCCAUGCAUACUGGUAUGAGAACACAGGAAAAUGGACCAGCGCUUCCAUGGCUUCCAACAUUUACUGUGUGCCUGGUGGCUCCAUCACUGCCACAUCUCGCAAGGAUGGGUUCAUGUUGGUGGUCGCUAAUGGAAUGACUGUUACGUUCAUGAAUCCGCUUCCCAGCCAUCAGAAACGAUCCGUCACCACCGCGAGAGAAUAUCAAGAGCCCGCCCAUCUGGUAGGAGGUUUCGCUGAAUCAACUAUUACGUCGAUGCGACUGGCCGACAUAUUAGCCUGCCAAACUGAUAAACUGGAAAAUCACUCUAGAUUUCCACAACUUCGCCUCCAGGGCAUUGAUCUCGAUCUCAUCGAAAGCCCUCGCAUGCACACUCUGCAGCUUCAGGUUAAGGGUGCUUCUCAGAAAGGCCCACCUUAG